CAUACCGCCACCUAUCCGUCAGGAUCAACUGUUACACAUCCUGCAAAACAGAAGUAACGUUAGCUAGCUAGCUAAUAAGACGGUGAUCACCAUGGACCAACGCCACCAGUCCCACCACAGACCCCAACAUCCAAACUCCAAUCACCACGACAACCACCAGUCAACGUUCAAGAGAGACAUGGAUGACAGUGGGAGAGGCCAUUUCCAACACAAGCGCUUCAGACCCGGUCAGAACCAUCAUCCGGCUGGCCCUUCAACACCCCCAUCUAGCCCCCCAACCCAGAGCCUGAGCAUACAACGACAGCUGUACGAGAGAGACUUCCCCUUAUACAAACAGCCUGUGGAGGUGGGACAUUUCUCCCUGGACUCUGAGCGCAGGUUUUUCAAUGAUGCCCGGCAGCUGCGUUACUACGUGGAGCCGGAGAAGAGUUGUCCUAACUUCGACUUGAGGGACGGGUACAGGGGCCGCUUCGUCAAGAGGGACGACAGGGUGAAGGAGAAACUGGACCACAUCCUCAGAUGGAUCCUGGCAAACAGGUCCAAGCUGCAGUCGAAGGACACAGCUGCUUCUUCUUCCCCAUGUGCAUUAGGUGUAGACAUUGUGACAUGGCGCGGCCACCUAACCAAGCUGUUGACCACGCCUUAUGAGACCCGGGAGGGUUGGCUGCUGGCUGUGACCAGGAUGGGGGGGACACUGUACAUCAGUGAGGUGGAGACGGAGGCUGCACGCCGGGACCGGGAGAACCGCACCGAGAGGCACGAGGAGAUGAUGUACUGGGGGUACAAAUUUGAACAGUACACCUGUGCAGAUGACGCCCAGAGUCUUCCAGAUCCAGGUGGGGUUGUAAACACCAACGAGGCCUUCUGCACUGUAGUCCAGACCCGGCUAGCCGAGCACAGACUGCUGUUCUCUGGCGAGGUGGACUGUAGGGACAAAGACCCCAAGGCCCCGUCUCCUCCAGCCAACUACAUCGAGAUGAAGACCUCACUGGAAAUCUCCACCCCCAAACAACGCAGCAACUUCCACAGGUUUAAACUACUAAAGUGGUGGGCCCAGUCCUUUCUUCCUGGGGUACCGCGAAUCGUAGCUGGUUUCCGUGAUCAUGAUGGAGUGGUUGUGUCUGUGGAGACUUACCACAUCUCCAAGAUAUCUCAGCUUAUCAAGAAUGAAACCAACUGCUGGAAGCCAACUGUCUGCAUGAACUUCUGCUGUGAAUUCCUGUCCUUCGUGAAGAGUGUGGUCACAGAAGACGAUCCAAGGGUGGUGCACCUGUUCUCAUGGGAUCCACACCGAGAUGUCACCUACUCCAUCCACAGAGACUCUCAGUACUCCUUCCUACCAGACUGGUAUGUCAGGGAGAUGACCAGUUCAACCAGUCGUGAGACACACCACCACCCACCUCAGACCUGAUUCAAAACAAACCUGACAAAGGCCCGUAUUGACAAAGCAGCUCAGAGUAAGACUGCUGAUCUAGAAUCCGGUCCCUCAUCCUAUUCAUUCUGAUUUAGUAGGCAAAACGGAGCCUAGAUCAGCACUCCUACUCUGAUAUGCUUUAUGCGUACAGGCCAAGGUUUUCACCUUACACCAGUAUGGACUUGAAGCAAUACUUUAACGCUGAAACCUGUUAUUUGAUAAUGAAGUAGAAACACACCAAGCGCCCUGAAGGAGUAGGCGGGUUCUGACGGGUCGAUUUUUGACGAUAAAGAAAGUCAUUUUAUUCAACUUCCAUUUUCCUCCCAGAGUGGCUGAGUUAUAUAGUGUGGAUCAGCAUGGACUUUAGCAUUCACAAACCAGCUUUUGGGACUUUCUCACAAAUGGUGUCCAGGUUUACAGAAGACAUAUCUUUCCGAAUGGUUUGUGGUGUCUUUUUUUAUGUGAAGUAUUUACAUUUUUCAGCUCAUCUCUGAUGUAUUUUUUAUUUUUAUUUUUAUUACAAAAUUCUGUGAUUUGAAUGUAACAGUUGCGGUUUGAAGUGUCUGCUCUGAAACUGUCGAACAAUAGUACCAUAACAAGAUUUAAUUUCCCAAUCAAACCUUUUUAUUAUUAACCCCAUGGGCAUAUCGAUCACUUAUCAUGUUCUUUUCUGAAGUACAUUAAUUAAAUUAUGCCACAAAAAAACUAAACUUAAGAACAUCAAUAUUGCAUAAGCAGUUUGAACCAAAGUGUUCAUGGAAACUGUCCAGUGUCAGAAUGCAUUGUCCUUUGUCCUAUAAUAAAUCAUACCUUCAUUGAA